AAACUUGAGCGUACCAUACCACCGCCGAAGGUGGCGAAAGAACAGUCAUCUCGGUACCAGCCAGUUUGUCGCUGUUUAGAUGAGCUCCGCCCGGGCUCACGUCGUUUGAAGUCACCUGUCAAAAAAUCGAUAAUAUAAUCCGAUCUUCGCGUCGAACCCGGCGACACGAACGGAGACUUCAACGCCGAGAUAUUCUGCGGUAUUUUAAUAAAAUGAGGCGAAACAACUCGAAAACUGUAAAGAAAAUGUGACGUGAGCCGUCAGUCAGCUGUUAAUAAUUUCAGAAAAACACUACAUGAUUGUAUAAUAGACCAUAAAAAAAAAUAAAGUUGAGACGUUCUCCAAAAUGUCAGUGCAGAAAAGGACAGAGUUUCGUGAUGCCAGAAUGACAACAAUGUGGUGGCUUUUAGCGAUACUGGCUGUCAGUGAGGUCAGUGGUCAGCUGAUGGAUACGGAGUUCCAACCGACUGUUACGGCGACAUGCAAGGACGGCUACAUGACCAUCCGAAUGAACGUCAACCAGAGUUUCCUCGGGGCCGUCCACGCCCGAGAUUACAGAACGCCUCAAUGCAUGGUACCUGGAAACGGUACCACUCACGUCACACUUGGUAUAAAUCUCCACGCCGUUCCGGGUGCCCCCGACUACUGCGGGGUGCUGGUCAACAACAAAACUGAAGAGGAGAGAUCGGUACCAAUCGCCGUCCGAAUUCACAAGACACUGGAACUGGCUGACGAUAAAUUCUACGUUAUUACCUGCGGUAAGGCAGGCUUCAAAAAUGCCAAAAAUGAAACUUCCCUGGUUUCGCUUCGAGUCCUCGACAGGGGACGUCGUGUACAAGAGACCAUCUACAGUCACAAUUACACUCUGAGAGCAGAAAUAUCUCGACCGGAUGGAAUGUACGGUAUCCGAGUUAAAUCGUGUUCCGCGUUCAACAAACGAAACAGCAGCGUUCCUCUGAUCGACGACAAGGGAUGUCCGGUGAACGGCCGAGUAAUGACGAAAUUCAUGUACGAUCCUGCGACAGGAUACGCUGACGCAACUUUAUUCUCCAUGUUUCGAUUCCUCGACAGUCCCCAGGUUCACUUUCAGUGCGGAAUUUCCGUCUGUAAAGGAAACUGCGGAACUCCAAUCUGCGAUGGAGAUCCCACGGAGGAUGUCAAGGGUGGCUUUCAACCCGGUGGACAAAAUCUAGCUGGUGAAGAGGGAGUUCUUCUCGCCGGAACCAGUGUCUUUGUUCUGGAUCCUGGAGACACGCCCGUUGUCCAGCCCAUUUGUGACGACGGUUCCGUCCACCCCCCUUGGCUUCUGUGGCUUGCCGUGGCAUUGGGGGUUCUAUUUCUCAUAAUGUUGAUAAUGAACAUUUUUCUUUGCUCUGCGAUGUCCUGCAGUUGCGCUCGAACCGAGAUAAUUGAAAAGGAACCAUCGAUAAUCGAGGAUUACGACCCUUACAGAAGUUGGCACGGAUCUCAAUACGGCUCAAGAUAUUCUUUGAACGGAAAACCUGGCUACACAUCUGGAGGUUCCACGAUGAAUUCUACGAGAUCUAUAUCGACAAACAGCGAUCACUAUGCCAUCGUACAUUCUCGUCCGGGAAGUAGGUACUCUGGACCUGGCCAUAAACACCAUCAUCAUCAUCGAGGUCCACCGUCGAAUAUUGGCUCUCAUUACUCGGCAAAGUAACACGAGUCAGCUAUAAAAUAUUUGAUAAAUUUUGAAAAACACUGAAUGAUAUUCUAUCAAGUAUUCUUUUGCUCGCAUAAUUUUUUAGGUGAUGCUCGCAGAUCCUCCUACCUAGCAAUUGCGACGCUAACAAUGAAUACUGCCAAUAAAAGUAGGGAGCACAUAUACAAUGUAUGUAAUUUUAACGUGUAUGCAAAGGUUUCCGAACAAACCGACAGCAACUUUUUUAAGGAGAGGUUCAGCUGAUUAACAUUCGACGUGCAUUAAUCAAUACCCCUAUAUCAACCCCUAAUACCAAGAGUUUAGACUGCAAUUAACUACAAGCUAGAAUAACUGGAAAAUCAGAACUCGAGAAUUAUUCUAAAACUACUUAUAGAAACAAAAAUAUACGUGGCCAUCAAAAAUUGAGUAACCAUUAGCAAGUACCUCUUCCCUUUUUUGAAAUUCUAUAUAAAAAUGUAUUUUACAACGUUUGUAAAUUUAAGUACCGUAAGUGAUUAUAUUACUUAAAUAACUUAAAUACUAAGUUUAGAAGUAAUAUAGAACCUCUUGUACAUAAUUUUAUUAAUAAUUCACAUAGCUUACGGCUGUUGAAAAUACAAGAUAAAAUAAGUGUUUUCUCAUUUAA